AUGGCGUCCACGCUGACGAUUCCAAGGCGGCUGCCACUACUUUUAGUGGCAGAUAAUGUUCUUUUGCCCGGCUCGUCGAUGCGCAUCCCUGUCAGGAACAGGAGAAAUAUGAAUAUGGUGAAAAGUCGUUUGUUGGGCCGCAGUACCUUGAGCAGUACAGUUAUUGGGGUCAUACCAAAAGAACCAGGUGAAGAUGAGAGUGAAGACCUGACAGGAAUUCAUCCCAUAGGAACAGCUGCCGUUGUCGUUCAGGUGACGGGAACAAAUUGGCCUAAGCCAGCUUACACUCUCCUGGUGACUGGAUUGUGUCGGUUCAAAGUGGCUGACCUGUUGCAGGAAUCACCGUAUCCCGUGGCAACUGUCACUCAGCUAGACAAACUGCCUGGAGAGGAAUCAGACCAGUCUCUAAAGAGUGAUGAAGAGUUGGGUGUGUUGGCUGAAAACUUUCGAGAACAAGCAGCCAAACUUGUGGAGAUGCUGGAUAUUUCCAUUCCAGUUGUGGCAAAAUUAAAGAGGAUGUUGGAGAACCUACCUAGUGAGCACCUACCAGACCUGUGCGCUGCCAUUGUUAAGGCCUCCUUCACAGAGAAAGUUCAGGUACUGGAUGCGCUGGAUUUGACAGAGCGAUUCAGGAAGACGCUGCCUUUGUUGAUGAGGCAGAUUGAGGGACUUAAGCUUCUACAGAAAGCCCGCAAAGAGAACGUGGAAAUUGUGAGUCGCCGGGAAACUGGGCGACCAAUCAACAUGAAGAGGGUGUUCAGGAAACUGUCCAAUAAGGAUUUAGAAGAAGAAGUAGAUGAGGAGCAAGAUGAUAAUCUUGAUCUGGAACAAAAACUCAAAGCAGCACAGCUUCCUGAACAUGCUCACAAGCACGCCAUGAAGGAUCUGAAGCGACUCAAGCAGAUGAGCUCUCACAUGCCAGAGCAUGCUAUGUUAAGGAAUUACCUGGAGUUGAUGGCGGAGUUGCCAUGGUCCAAAAGCUCCAAGGAUACCCUGGAUAUUAUCCAAGCCAGAAAAGAUCUGGAUGAGGACCAUUAUGGGCUGGACAAACUGAAGAAGAGAGUGAUUGAAUACCUGGCUGUGCGACAGUUGAAGAACACCCUCAAGGGCCCCAUCCUCUGCUUCGUAGGUCCCCCAGGGGUAGGCAAGACCAGUGUGGGGAAGUCUAUCGCCAGGACACUGGGCAGGGAGUUCCACAGAAUAGCCCUGGGUGGGUGCUGUGACCAGUCAGACAUCCGCGGUCACAGAAGGACGUAUAUUGGGGCCCUUCCGGGGCGCAUCGUCCAGGGGCUGAAGAUCGUGGGUGUGAACAACCCUGUCUUCCUGCUAGAUGAAGUGGAUAAGCUGGGUAAGAGUUUCCAUGGCGACCCAGCAGCAGCCCUCUUAGAGGUCCUGGAUCCAGAGCAGAAUAACUCCUUCACAGAUCAUUACCUGAACACGCCCUUUGACCUGUCUCAGGUCAUGUUCAUCGCCACGGCAAACAACAUGGCCACGAUCCCAGCGGCACUAUUAGACAGGAUGGAGAUGAUCUACAUACCCGGUUACACGCAGGAAGAGAAAGUUCACAUCGCCUCUCGGUACCUGAUGCCCAAACAACUGCGGGAACACGGGCUGACGGAGGAACAGCUGCAAAUCCCAGACGAUACCAUCAAAUGCAUCGUGGCCCGGUAUACCCGUGAGGCCGGUGUCAGGACCCUGGAGAGACGGAUUGCCGCUGUGAGCAGGGCUGUAGCUGUCAAGGUAGCUGAGUCCAGAACCAAACAUGAUCCAGAGAAGCCGGUGACGCAGUCAAGCCCUGAGAAGAAGACUUUAGUGGAAGAUACUAGUCACAACACCCACAAUGUGUCUGAGCUAGCCCACCCUCCCGAGAUGCCCAUUGUCAUCGACGAGGCCGCCCUAGAGGACAUACUAGGGCCCCCUCAAUUUGACAGUGAGACAUCGGAGCGGCUGGGACAGCCGGGAGUGGCAAUGGGGCUUGCCUGGACGACCGUGGGUGGGGAGAUUAUGUUUGUGGAGGCGACCAGAAUGGAGGGGGAGGGCAAGUUAAUCUUGACCGGUCAGCUCGGAGAUGUCAUGAAGGAAUCUGCCAAUCUGGCCCUCAACUGGGUGCGCAGUAACGCCCAGCGGCUGGGUAUAGGCUCCACUAGUCACAUGCUAGAUGGUACAGACAUCCACAUCCACUUCCCCGCGGGUGCUGUCGGAAAAGACGGGCCCUCAGCCGGUGUAACCAUAGUAACAGUGCUUGUGUCACUGUUCACUCAACGCUGUGUUCGUUCCGACACGGCCAUGACAGGGGAGGUAACUCUCAGAGGCCUGGUCUUACCGGUUGGAGGAAUCAAAGAGAAAGUAUUAGCAGCUCACAGAGCAGGCAUCAGACGUAUCCUCCUGCCAAAGAGAAAUGCCAAGGAUUUGAAUGAAAUACCCAACAAUGUCAAGAACGACAUCUCCUUCAUUCUGGUAGGGAGGUUGGAGGAUGUACUUAAAGCUGCCUUUGAUGGAGGAUUCCCCUCGUUGGUGGAUAAUGUUUCUACUCCCAGCAAAUUGUGAGGUCUCUAUUCCCAGCAAAUUGUGAGGUCCUUACUCCCAGCAAAUUGUGAGGUUUCUACUCCCAGCAAAUUGUGAGGUCUCUAUUCCCAGCAAAUUGUGAGGUCUCUAUUCCCAGCAAAUUGUGAGGUCUCUAUUCCCAGCAAAUUGUGAGGUCUCGGACCCCCAGCAGAUUGUGAGGUCUCUACCAUCAACAAAUUUUGAGAUCCCUACCCCCAGCAGAUUGUGAGGUCUCUACCAUCAACAAAUUUUGAGGUUCCUACCCCCAGCAGAUUGUGAGGUCUCUACCCCCAGCAGAUUGUGAGGUCUCCACCAUCAACAAAUUUUGAGGUCCCUACCCCCAGCAGAUUGUGAGGUCUCUACCCCCAG